AUGUCUACUCCAUCUGUUCAAACUUUUGGUAAAAAGAAAUCAGCUACUGCUGUUGCCCACGUUAAAGCUGGUAAAGGUUUAAUUAAAGUUAACGGUUCCCCAAUCACUUUAGUUGAACCAGAAGUUUAUAGAUUCAAAGUUUACGAACCAUUAACUUUAGUUGGUUUAGAUAAAUUCCAAAACAUUGACAUCAAAAUCAAAGUCACUGGUGGUGGUCAUGUUUCUCAAAUUUACGCUAUCAGACAAGCUAUUGCUAAAGGUUUAGUUGCUUACCAUCAAAAAUUCGUUGAUGAAGCUUCAAAGAACGAAUUAAAGAAAAUCUUCACCGCUUAUGAUAAAUCAUUAUUAGUUGCUGAUUCAAGAAGAAUGGAACCUAAGAAAUUCGGUGGUAGAGGUGCCAGAUCUAGAUUCCAAAAAUCUUACCGUUAG